AUGGCACUCCUCCAAACGGUUCGCCUCGAGCACCUCCCUUACAGCCAUGAGAUCCACAUCGCGCUAUAUCGAGACAUCACAAAUGCCUCGUUCCUACAGCAGCAGCUCCUAGAUGGGAAUACGAACUUUGAGUAUGCGCUCAUUGAUGCUGGCGUGGUUGUCUCAAAGAUACACGCCCUAGCUGCCGCUUAUCGGGCGGUCAGCGAUCUUUUAGAGAAUAGAUUGCGGAGUCGAAAUGUCCAUUCCGAAAUUGUGUUCUCCCUGUCUCCGAAUAAUAAUAUAGCAGAAUCCUUCCGCCGCUUCGGCAUAACAACUAGCACCACCUCCCUCCUAAUCAUCAAAGUCUCCACGCCAUCCUCGCCAGCCUCCGCCUCGGAAGUCCAAGCCCACCUCACAUCCUCCAUCGAAGGAGAACAAGUCCCAUUCGAGGACUCUGUAUUAGCUGAAAUGACAGAUGUGCCACGUGUAAAGAAGAUUUACAAGUUGAAUAGUGGUGGUGGAGGCGGAGGUGCCAAGAGAAAUGGGCAGGUUAAUGGGGGGAUCGAGGGGCUGAGUGUCAAUGGGGUGGGGAUGAGGAAUGGGGAUGAGAGGAAGGAGUUGGAGAAUCUGGUUUUGGGCGCUAUGGCGUUGAGAGGGGUUACGAACUAA